CCCCUGGAUGCUGCAGAUGAUAAGUGGCACAUGUAUGGAAAACAAUUUCAACUUUAAAUUAAAGUUUAAUGUUGUACAUUGCUACGAAGAUUCCUAACAUAUGAGUGAUGUCAUAGAUGCUUAGAAUCAUUUUGCAAAGAAGAUGAUCACUAUCCAGAUACAAGAGAUAAACAGCCCAGGUCACUUCUUCUGUAGAGAAAUAGAUAGUGAAACAGCAUCUUUGGAACAUCAACAUUUCCUACAAUUGCAAGAAGAAUUAAAUCAAGUCUUUAACCAGGAACAGACUGUCCAACAGCCAUACAUACCAUCAAAAGGUGAAAUUUGUAUAGCCUUUAGGCAAAAGGACAGAAAGUGGUACAGAGUAAGGAAUGAGGGUGUUUUUGCCAGAAAAUAUGGACAGGAAGCUUGUUGUUACUUUGUUGAUAAAGGUGGAGAAGCAGAGUCUAUAAGUGUCAGAUGGUUACGUAAAUCGCCAGAAAGAUUCCUGAAGCUGCCUUUUCAGAUCAAAGAGUGCUCUGUAUUUGGUGUGAAGGCCUUGACACUGGCAAUUCAGGAAGACCUUUCAGUGGCAGAAAAAUCAUGUUUGAAGUGGGAUGACUCCGCAACUACAUUUAUGGAAAAAUGUGUAAAAAGAUCAGUGUCGGCUAGUGCUAAGGUAUUAUACACAGACAAUACUGGAAGGAUGCAUGUUAUCUUAUACCUCAAUAAAGGCAGGGAAACUUAUAAUUUCAAUGAUUUGCUAGUUGCAAGAAAAUAUGCAGUCACUGAUGAAACGGAUGGUCAGAUAGCUCCUGAUCAGUUAAAAACCACAAUGACCAGAAAUACGAAAUUCUUACAGAACCUUUUGGCCGAAAAGCAGGACGUAAGUUUCAGUGACAGUGAAAUAUUUGGAAUGCAUCAUACACCUUCACCAUUACAUUCUGACAGUGAUUAUUCUAAAACACUGAAACAAUACACAGGUCCAGAAUAUUUAUCUGAUACAAACUAUAAGGGGAGGAGUAUUUCUAGUUCUACUCUUAUUGGUAAACCUCCAAAAAUGAAAAUGUCUCCCACAAAAAAAAGGGAAAGAAGAUCUGAAGAUAGUGCUGACUUUAAACAGAUUUUAACUAAUUAUAAGGAUUCUUUAUCAAGUGAAGAUAAUACAUCUCAGAGAAAAAAUGAAAAUUCCAGAUAUGUUUCAAGGGCAGCAUCCUUGUCAGGAAAUGUGUCAGACACAGGCAUGAUUGACGUGAGUAAUAUAAAUAGAAAUAAUCUACAAGUGCAUACUUCAUACAGUGACACUGAAUCAUUCUCACGAGGGAGAAGUUUAUCACCUACAACUAUAACUUUAGGUAGAGGAAGGGCUAGUUCACCUUUGACCCUAUGUAAAGAAAGAUCACCUUCACCGUUGACCUUAAGUAGAGGAAGAUCACCAUCACCAAUGACCUUAAGUAGAGGAAGUGCACCCCCAGUGUCUUCUGCAUUGCCACCUACAGGCAGGGGAAGAGGACAAUUAGAUAUUCUACGAUUAGCUAUGAAUUUUCGUUUGCCUGCAUCAUCUCCAAGUUCUGCCUCUGAUAUUGAUUCUGAUCAUAAAAGUUCAACUAGUCCUCAAAUUAAUAUGUCCCUUUUUAAUAAAUUAAGAGAUAAUCCUGUAUUGUCCAGUUCAUUGGACAGUGGUGGAGCUAGACCAAAAGUGUACAAAGGUGUCCCAGGACAGUUUGAUGAUUCAGAAUCUGACUCAAGUGCAGCUUUAUCAAAUCGAAACAGUGGGCUACCUAUUGACACUUUACUGAGGAAUGACACAAAUGUUCCCUUGACCAGGGGUCGCUUACCUAAAGCUGCUCUUAGUAGAAUCGGUAUGUCAUCAGGUAGUGACACUGAUAAUUCUAAAAACAUUUCAUCAAUUCUAAAAGUGAACCAACAAGUAACUUUUACAGGAAGUGACAAACAAGACACAAACCACGAAAUGAGAAAAGAAGAAAUGUCCGAAAUGGAUCUUUUUGAAUCUCCAAAGAAAGAAAAGUCAUCUGUAAGAUUUAGUGAUGAUGUUGCCAGUUCAUCAGGAGCAGAGUGUAGUCCAUCCAAAAAGAAAUCCCCCAGUUUGAGAACUAUGACUGAAGAAGAAAAGCGAAGAGCUGAUAUGAUCAGUAAACAGCAAGGGCAUCAACUUUUAAGUAUAUUAAAACCCAGCUGUAACACAACAGGAAUACUGGGAGGAGUUUCACUUAGGGGAAUAGAGCCUGUUAGAAUGGAUAACUUAGACCAGGUGCUUGUCCAUAGUGCUGAUAGAAUUAAUCCUAUCACUGAUCUCAAAGAUGCACCUAUUGGCAAGUUAAUGAGAGAGGCAUUACGUCAAUUAGAUUUUCCUGCACCAAGACUUAUACAGGCUUAUGCUUGGAAAUGUAUUCUUCGUGGAAUGAAUUUUGUUGGAUUGUCUCCCCCUGAUUCUGGGAAAACACUAGGCUACUUAAUUCCUAUUAUCUCCCAGAUACUCAACACUGGGAGGUAUGCUACUCUGCCUAAAGGACCAGGGCCAUAUGCUGUAGUAUUGGUGCCAUCUUGGAAGAAAGUAAGACACUUGUUAUGUGUUACUCAUGGUUUGUUACAAGGAGACAAAAAGAUCCGAAUCAUUGAACUAUAUGGCUCAGGAGAAGAUUUAAAAAUGUGUCCUUUGAUAAAUGGUUGUGAAAUCUUAUUGUGUACUCCACCCAGCCUGAAACGUGUAUUAGAACUGAAUUAUGUUCAUCUGAACAGAUUGUGUCAUUUGGUAGUUGAUGAUGCAGAGGUGACCCUCAAUAAUUUUACGGAGGAGGUGAGAUUUAUUGUAAAAACUUACAGUGAUGAGCUAAGAAAACAAGAUGAAAGAACGGCUCCCCAGCAGCUUAUGUUAUUUGGUACACAGUGGGAAUCCAAAGUCCAGAGCUUUAUCAGUUCAUAUAUGUGUGAACCUAAAAUUGCCAUAACUUCCAGAUAUGAAGCUUCAUUGUAUGGAAAAGUACGACAGAUUCCUGUGGUGUGUCACAGUAUGCAGAAACCAAACAAAUUCCUUGAUAUAUUGGAUGAUAUUCUAAAAGACAACUGUAAACUCAUUAUAUUUGCCUCAACGGUCAACUUGGCAUGUAAUGUUUUCAAGCUUUUACAGUCUCGUUCACUCUGUGCCUUGCUUGCUCAUGAUAGCAUGGACAAAUUUGACAUUGAAGAGAAGAGCUCCAGUUGGUAUUGUGAUGAUGGGGAGGAGCCAAUUAUUUUAGUUGCUACAGAUGGCAGUAUACCACAUCUUUAUAUCAAUAAUGCCACCACCAUCAUCCACUAUGAUUUGCCAGAUUCAAAGACCAAGUUUGGAAAUAGAAUGUCCUGUAUGUCAAGACAUUACUGGAAUUUCUUGACUAAAGAUGAGGAACAAAGAGUUAAACCAACAUCAUACAUACUGAUUACAGAAGAAUCUACAGAAACUGUUGACACCAUAUCUAAGCUGUUGAUAAGGUCAAAGGUCAAGCUUCCAGUGCAGUUGAGACAGAUGUUAGCAGGCAGGAAUCAGGCACUUAAUCUAGACAAAGAAAAGAAGCUUUGUCAUUACUUGAAAGCUUUUGGAAGAUGCAGACAUGAAGAUGUGUGUAAGGACAGACAUUUGAUUGUACCAGAUAUUGACGGAAGAAGUAAAUUAACUUGUGGAUAUGUCAAGAUAAGAAUGACAAAUAUUGUAGAUGCCAGUCAUUUCCAUGGAAUAAUACAGGAACACAAAGCUCCAGAUGGAACUGUUACAGAUUUAAGAUGUGAUUAUACUAACCUCCUCUUCCAGAUGCAGUCUUUCUUUGGAGAUCAUAUGAACAGACAACGACACACAAACAUGUGUAUUGGGGAUGUUUGUGCAUAUGAAUUCAGCGAAAUAUUUCACAGAGUGAAGAUUACAGACCUUGGUAAUUUGAACUCAAAUGAUGGAGGAAUAAUGGCUACUCAGUAUACAAAAAUAAGAAGACAUGGUAUGAUUGCCAAUGAGACAACUAUCCACCAGAGACCAAGGAGACAUGGUAUGAUUGCCAAUGAGACAACUAUCCACCAGAGACCAAGGAGACAUGGUAUGAUUGCCAAUGAGACAACUAUCCACCAGAGACCAAGGAGACAUGGUAUGAUUGCCAAUGAGACAACUAUCCACCAGAGACCAAGGAGACAUGGUAUGAUUGCCAAUGAGACAACUAUCCACCAGAGACCAAGGAGACAUGGUAUGAUUGCCAAUGAGACAACUAUCCACCAGAGACCAAGGAGACAUGGUAUGAUUGCCAAUGAGACAACUAUCCACCAGAGACCAAGGAGACAUGGUAUGAUUGCCAAUGAGACAACUAUCCACCAGAGACCAAGAAGACAUGGUAUGAUUGCCAAUGAGACAACUAUCCACCAGAGACCAAAUGAUGUAGAUGUGAAGUUUGUAGACGACGGAACUGAACAGAAAGUAGAGGCAAAAAAAUUGUUUGACUUACCUCAGAAACUGAAAAAUAUAUCAUUUCAGGCUGUUGAUGUGUUUAUAUGCAGACUUAAACCUAUAGAUAGUGAUGAAGAUUGGACACCAAGGGCCAGUAUGUUCAUGCAUGAGCUUAUAGAACACAAAGAAUUAGAUGGCAGAAUUGUUUUGAGCAUGGAGAAUACCCUUUGGCUUGAUCCUUUGGUUGAGGAGAUCGAAUUAACAGCAGUUGGAACAAAAGUGCAUAAAAUGUAUGUUCGUUCUGAACUACUGAAGAAUGGUUUUGCUGUUGAUAACACUAAGCAUCUACAAAACCUGUUUGAACUUUGUAAAGGAAAGAUAAAAAUUCCAGAUAUCAAUAAGGAAUUGCACAAAUCUGAAGAGACAUUAUCAGUAGAUUUACUGCCAGAAAAUUCAGAGUUCCAUGAGGUUUAUGUAUCUGCAGUGGAAUUGCCCAACCUGUUCUUUGUACAGAGGAAAGAAUCAUGUAAACAACUAGAAAAAAUGAUGGACUGUCUCAAUAACACAAUGGACAGGUCUGACGAAAAUAUGCCAUUCACAGAAGAAGAUUUAAAUGAGGCUAUAUGUGCAGCCAAAUUUCCAGAUGAUGACAGAUGGUAUAGAGUAAAGGUGAUUUGUGAACAGGAAGAAGGUAAUGUAGAAGUAUUUUAUGGAGACUAUGGAGAUAAGAGGACUGUAACCAGAGAAGAUCUCUUCCAGCUUCCCCAGGAUUUCAUGAUGGUUCCUUUCCAAGCUAUUGAAUGUGAAUUAGCUCAUGUUCAACCCAGAGGUGAUGACUGGGAUGAUGAAAGUGGUGACCUGUUCUGGGACUUGACACACAUGAUUAAUGAUGACAAGAAACGGGUUAUGGCUAGCGUGGUAUCAAAGUCUCCAGCAGUUUAUGCUGGUUUAUAUAAAUAUGAGAUAGUACUGUAUGACACAGACACAUCUGAUGAUGUAAAUUUGUGUCAGGAACUAGUCUGGUCCAGUCUUGCAUCACCGAAACCUAAUUCACCUCUCCAGGAGCUGUGUCCUAUUCCUCAGAUGGGAAGAAAAAUAUACAAAUCUACAGCACAGAAAAUACCAGAUCUCUGUGGUAUCAUAUAUUGGGAAAAGAUCACAGAAAGAGCCAAGAAAGCACCAAAGGAUAUCUUUACUAUUGUUCAACAAAAUCUACAAAGUGCCCCAUUAGACUUGAUAGGUUACAAGGCAUUGGCAUCCAUCAUAAAGAUGAUAGGAAGAAUUUCAGACCCUCCCUCACAUCAGUGGAUCUUAGAAAGUUUGUUCUCUUCAGCAAGAGCCAGUACAAGGUUACAAGAUGAAAUCAUUGAGCAAGAGUGUGGUAUAGGAAUAGUCAAAUGUCUGGAACAGAACUGUAGACCAGAUAUACAAGAACAAGCAAUAAUAUCUAUAGAUAAGUUCUUGGAAAUCAGCAACAGCUUCUUAUCUGUGUUUAAUAACAGGCGUACAAUAGAGAUAUUGUGCCAGUUUCUGGACGUCACAGAAAGGAUCUCUACUCUUGUGGAAAUCUAUGCAGCUCUAUCUUCACUCUGUGUUUUAUCAAGCAGAAUAUAUGAAUGGGCUCAAAGUUUUGAUGUUUGUACAGUAGCACAGAAACACCUAGAAAAGAUAAGUGAUACCAGUGUAGAAGAAGCUGCCUUAAAAUACCUUGUUAAAUUGAUGGAAAGAAGUGCCGAUCAUCUGAGGAAAGAUAAACUAAUCAGAGCAGUUGUAUCUGUGUUGGACAAGAGUCAGUCUGAAAAGUGUAUACUGUAUGGUGUAAAGCUUUGUGACAACUAUUGCCAUGACAACAGGAAAAACAAAACAAUUUUAUUGGAAUAUGGUGUAGCUGUCAUAUUAACAAGGAUCUUGAAUUCAGUCCACAUUUCUGAGGAUACAAGAAAACAUUGCCAGACAUUAUACCAUGCCCUAGUAGUUAAAGUACCUCAAUCAACUUCUAUAACAAACCGACCAACUGGGCAUAUUGAAAGUCUCAAACAGGGGGCACAACCUCCAGUGCAUUGGGUACAGAAUACCUUUAUAGUAGUUGUUAGUAUAAAGAUUAAAGCUGUGGUCACAUGUCAUAUUGCUUUCCAACCAAGGACUCUGGAAUUCAAGACCAAAGUUGAUGGGAAACUAUACUCAUUUUUUUAUGAGCUUUAUGAUGAAGUAAAUCCAGCCAAGUGUAAAUAUGAAAUCAGAGGUAGCGAAGUUGGAAUUUCUCUAAGGAAAGUAGAGAAAGGACAAUGGCCAAGACUUCUGAGGCAAAAACAGAAGCCGUCCAAUUUAAGUGUAGAUUUUGAAAGGUUUGUUGACAGUUCAUCAGAUUCUGAAGUUUGUGAUGAUGAAAGACCUUUUAUGUUAACCAAAAGUAAGAAUAAACAGCUUCCAAGCAACUUGAAGAAACCUUCAGCUAUUGAAAGAAAUGCAAAUGAUGUUAGUAGUGAAGAAUCAUCAUCAGUAUCAGACGAGGAAGUAAAAUAUAAAACUUCAGCAGAAUAUAAUCCAUACGAUGUGUUUAACUGAGAGAAAAGUUAUGCAGCAUUGUUCCUACUACAAGAUAUACCAAGAUGGAAAACUCUAUGUGCUCCUGCAAUUCUUUUUACCACAAUCUGUGUUUCUGGUAACAAAUCAGGAAAUGGUAGGGUAUUAUCAGUGAUUUUUUGGGUUUCUUUUUCAAGACUUUAAAUUGGACUGAAGCAUCUCUAGAAAUUCGAAUGUAUUGUUUUCCUUGCUGAUUGAUACCUUUGAAACAAUUUUUAUUUUGUCCAAUUCAAGUAUAUUUUAACAGACAUAGACAUGUCAAACUUUUGUUUUUUUAUUUAAUUUAAACAAGAUGUUUUGACA